AACAGUUUUGAAAUGAUCUGUGUUUAUCUAAUGUAAAACCUGAAAUUUCUUUUAGAUUUCUUUACCAUUACCAUUGGUAACAGAACACACUAAGAACGAUAACUCUUUUGGAAAAAAGUAAAUACACGCAAGAACAAAAUGGAGAGAGAAAGUAGAUGUUGUUUAACUUUGUUAUUUUUCGUUAUUUCGUUGAAAGCUGAUGUUAGUGCUAGCUGUACGUUUCCCCCUGGUCUGGAAGGAACAUUUGAUAGUACAAGGGAGGGAACUCUAGAAUUUAAUACCACAACUUACGGUAAAUUUACUAUCAGUACACAAAGUCAAACCUUUCCUGAAUUAGAAUUUGAAUGUCACAUACAUUCUGGUACACAAUAUGUCAGCAAAUCAGCAGCCUUUACAAUAUUUAGUAGUGAUUUUUAUGCCUAUAUGUGUUUAGAUAUAAAUCAAGUAUCAUCUAAUCUAUAUUAUUAUUAUUAUGGCACACAACCUUUACCACAAGCUAAUAAUGCUAGAGUGAAGAUCUAUCCUAUAUCUACUGUAGUUGACUCUGUUAAUAAUGUAUGUGAUGAGACAACGCCCUAUACACAACCUUACAGCAUCUUACUGAAAAAUGAUUCGAUAGUAACCGAGGACAUGCAAACCCUGCCAGCUGAUUUACUGGGUUAUUUUAACUAUGUGUUAGACGAUGGUAGCGCUAACUCAUGUGAAAAUCAGACGACAUAUUUAGACACGUGUACAAAUACAUCAACUUUGAUGUUUGAUUAUAACAUCUGUAAUAGAACAACCAUGUAUUCAGAUAGUGGUGUAUUAUACUGUUUAUAUUAUGAUCAACCAACUCCUGGUACCUACUAUGUUACAUUAUAUAAUAAUGAUACAACAGUUGAUAAUACUAAUACCUUUAGAUAUACAUGUGUAAUAUUUGAGAAAGGAUCUGAUAUAAGUUACGCUACACAGUAUCCAUUAGAAUGUCUCAACUCAACAUUUAUGAAUUCAACAACAGUUAACUCACCUGGUGGAACGUUAAAAUUAACACAUAAUGGAUCCUGUCGUAAGUAA